UUGACUCCUGCGGGAACCCGUCGCCGUUGGUCCGUCGCCGAUUGCGGUCCGGGCGGCUGCCUUGGCUCUUUGCGGCCGGUGAAAAAAGAGUCCGCCGCCAUGAGCGAGAAGGGGGAGCUGGAUCUGACCGGCGCCAAGCAGAACACGGGGAUGUGGCUGGUGAAGGUCCCAAAAUACCUGUCUCAGCAAUGGAACAAAGCUUUAGGAAGAGGCGAAGUAGGGAAGCUAAGAAUCGCCAAAAAUCAAGGACGAACAGAAGUCUCUUUCACCUUGAACGAAGAUCUCGCCAGCAUUAACAAUAUCGGGGGGAAGGCCACGUCCAUCAGUGCGCCAAGAGACCACCCUUUCCUUUUGCAAAACGUGGGCGGGCAGACCCUCACCGUCUUCACCGAGAGCUCCGGAGAAAGCCAGACAGAUGAAAAAUCAGAUAGCAGCAAUAACGAAAAACUCUCCCUGGAAGGAAUCGUGGUCCAGCGAGCAGAAUGCCGGCCAGCAGCCAACGAAAGUUACAUGAAGCUGAAAAGGCUGCAGAUAGAAGAAUCCUCCAAGCCCGUCAGCUGGACCAUGCAGCUGGACAAGGCCGUCACCACCAAUUACAAACCCGUCUCUAAUCAUCAGUACAACAUUGAGUAUGACAAGAAGAAAAAAGAAGAUGGAAAGAGAGCCCGCGCUGAAAAGCAGCAAGUGCUGGACAUGCUAUUUUCUGCUUUUGAGAAACACCAGUAUUACAACAUCAAAGACUUGGUGGAUAUAACCAAACAGCCAGUGAUCUAUUUAAAGGAAAUUUUGAGAGAAAUUGGCAUCUACAAUUUUAAGGGGCCGCACAAAAGUACUUGGGAGCUGAAGCCGGAAUACAGGCAUUAUCAAAACGAAGAUAAAAGCGAUUAGGAGUCGGGACUCAACUUUGAAAGCAGGAAAAAACAAAAAACCCUUCACCAUUAAAAGAGUAAGCUUUUCUAAUCAACCCUGUCUUCAUGGCUUUUAAAAGGUUUUUUUCUGGAAUGCUACCUAAUUUUUUUGUGUGGUAUGUUUAUUGCAUACAAAUUAUUUAUAGAAUAAACUUGUAUUUGGGUUUUUAACAUAUGGCCUUUUCUUGUAACUUCUUGCAUUUU